AGAAGCCACCGCACGCAGCGCUUCCCGCUGGGAACGCGUAUAACCAAAUACUUCAACGGAUAUCCUCAGCCGUUCCAGGGCACAGUGGAUGAGCACUCGGAGCUGACCGACUUUUACCACAUCUCCUACGAUGAUGGGGAUAGUGAGGAGAUGACGGAAGAUGACGUGGAGAACCAUCUCCUCUUUGUGCCGAAGCCGCAGAAGCCCCCAAGAGCUCCCAAGCCCCCCAAAACGCUGAAGCUGUCGAAGCCGUCCAAGCCGCCAAAGGAACGCAAGUCCCCUUCAUCGCCCGCGAUGAAGAGGGCUAAUAGCGACAGUGUCAUUACUGUAUCCUCGUCAGUAGCAGUGGCGGCUUCUUCAACGAAAGGCAAGGGCAGGCCUAAAGUGCUCAGCCUAAAUGCCAACGCCCCCGGACUAGCACGGAGCAGCAGUUUCACUGAAACUUCUACUUCUCAUCUAGAGUUGACAGAACCUCUUAGCGUGGCCAUCCCUGCCAACACGGUUGAGGAGGAGGAGGAGGCGGAGAGCGAAGAAGAAGAGGAAGAAGAGGUGGAGGAGGAGGAAGAAGAGGAAGAAGAAGUAGUAGUCGAUGACGAGGCUGGCGAUGAGGACGAUGGCACUCCCGAGGAGAUCAACCAACUCAUCGGUAAACCUGUGGAGAGAACAGUCACCAAGGAAGGGUGCAGAAUUGAUGUUGUCCAAGGUGCUGUCUCCAGUUAUUUUCCAGCCACAAAAAUGUUUCGUGUCAUGUACUUCGAUGGGGAGUGCUGUGAUCUCACGUACAAGGAAGUG